AAGUGAUUUUCUUUUCCCAACGUCUCUUCUGCAUGUGGGUGGGAAGCCAAUGAAGGGAAACGAAUUCACCCUAGGGUAGGGAAGGAUAGCUAUGUAAGUCUGGGUGUGCCUGUGUUCGUCAUUUCUUUCGAUUCAGCAAGUCAUACUUUGGAAAUGUUGGGUAGAUUCACAAACUACCGCUGCUCUCCGGGGUUUUCAGAAGCUUGCCUUUGAACUGAAUUUUCGUGAGCGAACCGGUGUGAAGUUGGCGGCCCCUCCCUUCCUUCGGGCCCCCUGGAUAUGGAGUAAGCAGCAGGCGCCCCCUUGUGCUGCGGUAUGAGUACUGUUGCUGUUGGCCAACUUUGCUCCCUUUCUGGGGAAAUUUGAUUUUCUUGUGACUUUGUUGUCUUGCUCUUAACAUGGGAGGAAUACACCUAGAAUCAGUGAACUGGUGGUGCUGUAUCCUGUCCCUGAGACUUCCAUUCAUUCAGAACAUAGGUGAUGUUAAGAUGCCUAUUUGUAUGUUAGGCCCUGGGGAUAUAGUUGUGAUAAAUAUGACAGGGCAGAGGGCAAUAAGAGCAUAUUAUGAAAGCAUAGCACAUAGUCUAAUGAGGAUCAGAGAAUUAUUCCAUAAUCAAGUGAUAACCAACCUAAAGGUUUGAUGGGUAUUAUUAGCCAGAUAAGAAAGAAGAGUUUUCCAGCCCUCCUUGUUAACUUUCUCAGUUUAAAUAUAUUUUUCUUGUAGUUCUUCAACCCAAAUCGAUGAGCUGCCUCUGAUGCUUUGCUCUCCUUUCAGAUUUCCCAGGCUAGUGUUUGAAAGUUCUGUAGGAGCCGUUGCUACUUCUUUUAGCCCAAGGAGUGGGAAAAAAAAAGUCUUAAAGUGCAUUCUUUACCUCAGAAUGGCUUUGCAGUUGUUUAUACAUUGCUGCCAUUCCUACAAAGAGAUGGAAAUAACAGUUCUCUCCAUUCCUAGUAGUCAACUCUGUCUUCACCCUAAGUUUGUUUCAGCAAUGUGAGCUGGCUGACGUCCUGCUGAGUGGUGGUUUUCUUUUCCUUCUCCACUUAAUUUAACAGACCAGCUGAACAAACAUCAAAGAGCUAAGCUGAAGUGUGUAGUCAUUAUGGUCUUCCAGUAUGAUUUUAUGCCCCACUUUUGGGACUAUGGUUUGGGACCUAGUUUAUUAUUCUGGGCAAGAGGAAAAGGGCACACACCAAAUAAUAGCAGCUACAACAUAGAUUUGUGUAGUACUUCACACUUUAGUCCAUUUCACCAUUAUGACAAUUUUGUAAGAUAGGCAAAAAAAAAAAAAGACUGAUCUCAUUUUUUUGUAAAGAACUGAGUUUCAGAGGGACUAAAGAGAACUUGUAAGUGACGGAGUCAGAACUUGAAUCCAGAUCUUCAGUGCAUAGGAGCACUCAACAGGCUUUUAAAGAUUUUCUGUGAGCUUAGCUUUCUUUCCAGCUUCAUCUUCCACACAGCUUCAUCUGUGUGGAACUUUUCCAACAAGAAUACAGUGCUUCAGAGUGACACCUAGUGAAGCCUUCUGCCUUCAAGAUUCUUUUCCCUUAUCUGGGAAGUUAGAGUUUAGAAGCCUGAGGGAGCUCAGUCUGGUAGCAACACCCCUGAAUUCCUGGUGAUGAGAGGAUGUGGCCCCUGGACCCAUCCCGGAAGGAGGUGCUGAGGUUUGCAGUCACCUGCCGUGUCCUGACUCUGAUGCUGCAGGCCAUCUUCAAUGCCAUUAUCCCAGAUCACCAUGCCGAAGCCUUCUGUCCUCCUCGACUAGCCCCCUCAGGCUCUGUGGACCAAAUUGUGGAAGGUCUUCUAGGUGGCCUGUCUCGUUGGGAUGCUGAACACUUCCUGUUCAUUGCCGAGCAUGGGUACCUGUAUGAGCACAACUUUGCCUUCUUUCCUGGUUUCCCCUUGGCCCUGCUGGUGACAGCUGAACUACUGAGACCCUUGCGGGUGUUCCUGAGCCUCCGGAGUUGCCUGCUGAUUUCAGUAGCAUUGCUCAAUUCCUUGUUCUCUGUGCUGGCCGCAGUUGCACUUCAUGACUUAGGCUGUCUGGUCUUGCACUGUUCCCGCCAGGCCUUUUACGCAGCACUGCUCUUCUGCCUCAGCCCUGCCAAUGUCUUCCUGGCAGCUGGUUACUCAGAAGCUUUGUUUGCCCUCCUAACAUUCAGUGCCAUGGGGCAGCUGGAGAGAGGCCGAGUCUGGACUAGUGGACUCCUCUUCGCCCUUGCCACUGGUGUGCGCUCCAACGGGCUCAUCAGUGUCGGCUUCCUCAUGCAUUCUCAGUGUCGGGACUUUUUCUCUUCUCUUAUGGUGCUGAAUCCCCUGAGACAACUCUUGAAGCUGAUGGCCUCUCUGUUUCUGUCAGUGCUUAUGCUUGGCCUUCCCUUUGCCCUUUUUCAGUAUUAUGCCUACACUCAAUUCUGUCUGCCAGGCUCGGCUCACCCCAUUCCUGAGCCCUUGGUACAGUUAGCUAUGGACAAGGGCUACCGGAUUGCAGAGGAAAAUGAGCCACCUUGGUGCUCCUGGGACCUUCCCCUAAUAUACAGCUAUAUCCAGGAUGUCUACUGGAAUGUUGGCUUUUUGAAAUACUAUGAGCUCAGGCAGGUGCCCAAUUUUCUGUUGGCCACACCAGUGGCUAUACUGGUUGCCUGGGCAACAUGGACAUAUGUGACCACCCACCCUUGGCUCUGCCUUACACUUGGGCUGCAAAGGAGCAAGAGCAGUAAGGCCUUAGAGAAGCCUGAUCCUGGAUUCCUCAGUCCUCAAGUGUUUGUGUACCUGAUCCACGCUGCAGUGUUGCUGCUGUUUGGAAGUCUGUGCAUGCAUGUUCAGGUUCUCACCAGGUUUUUGGGCUCCUCCACUCCCAUUGUGUACUGGUUUCCAGCUCACUUGCUUCAGGAUCAAGAGCCACUGUUGAGAUCUCUAGAGACUGUGCCUUGGAAGACUCCUGCAGAAGACUCACCACCAGGACAGAUGGUCCCCAGAAAUUCUAUCAUGGGACUUUUGUACAACUGGAAGACCUGUUCUCCAGUCACACGAUACAUUCUAGGCUACUUCCUGAGUUACUGGCUCCUGGGACUACUACUACAUUGCAACUUCCUGCCUUGGACAUGACUUGGAGUCUCCAGGGACAGGCUGGAAGCCAACUUUACUCAGGGAUCUGAAAGUAAAAAUACACAUUGGGACUUCCUGCACUGUCCUAGGAUCAUUACUAUGUUCAUUAGAAUCUCUCUUUGAAGGCUGGUCAGGAAUGGGAGAAGUGUGAGCCAUAGAGAGCCCUUUCUGGUCCUGGUUAGGGCAAAUUUUAGAAUGGUAACUAUUUUUACUGUAAGUGAAGAUUAUCUUAUUCCAAGUCUAAAGUACACCUGGAUCUUUCUGGUCAGUCAGUGAAGGGACAGUCUUAAACCUACCACUGACCCAUGCAUAAAUUUAAACAUAAAUUAUUAAAAGCAAAUUUAAUCAAAGGCUUGGUGACAGGCUGGUGGUAGUCCCCACAAGAUGGUGCAGGCUUCAACAGUGCAGUGGCAGUGGUAAAGUAGGACCAUCUUUUCUAAAUAGACAUUGUUUCUGAUGACUUUUUAUGAUUUGUGCAUUUAUUUAUGUGAACAAUCUUACAAAGAUAUGCAAAUUUUUUUUUUUUUGUUAUAC